UGGGACACGAUAGGAUCCCUCUGUCUCUCAAUACUCCCUUAAUUACACGUUUGCCACUGGCCCUGUCGGUGCGCCCGUCCGUCAAUUCCAGAAGAGAAAAAACCCGAGUCAACCCAAACCCCCACACCCCCCACCUCGAAGACGACGAGAGGACAAGCUCACGCAACGGAGCUUCCCGAGCACGCCGAGCGUCGGAUCUCCUCCGCCCACGUCGCGGGCUCCGUCGACGUGUCGGCAUCGCAAGGCCCCUGCAUCGGCCCCGCCCUCGUGGGCGCGAGCAUUCAUUCAUGCGACUGCCUCGAAGCCAAAGCCGCUGCGCGGUUUAAUUUAAUAAUCAUUUGCUAAUUCGUUUCUCCCUUGACUUUGCACAGGGGAAUCGCCAUCUUCCCACGGACUCUUCCCUGCCGAAACCCAGCUCACACCCACUUACACUCACCCCCAGAGAGAGAUAGAGAGAGAGAGAGAGAGAGAGGGGGAGGGGAGGAAUUUCAUUGCGGCUCACGUUCGACGUCUCCCGCAUUUGGGUUCUCUUUGGGUAAGUCUUGAACUCGUUUCCGCACCGACCCUUUUCUCUGCAAGCUCCCAAGUUCCCUCCUUUUCAGAUCUGGAGCUGAUUUCGCGGGUGCCGUUUGGGGACCCUCGAUUUUUCUCGUCAUUCCCACGUUGAUUCUUGCAUCGGGUCGUUUUCCGUUAGUUCCGGUGACUUGGGUUGGUCUUGGAUUUGGAUCUUGUUGGGUGCUGAGGUGGGGUUCGUUCGGGUUUCUUGAUUCGGCGGAGAAAAUGUUGGGUCGGUCUCCGCUGCUGCGAGCCGGUGGGUUCCGGCCGGAUAGUCUGGGCCAGCACGCGUUGGCCAUGAUAGGCAACCUCUGCUUCACUCUGUUCGUGAUUGGGGUCCUGAUCUUCACCAUAAUCGCCGCGACUUACGAGCCUGAAGAUCCCCUCUUCCAUCCGUCGACGAAGAUCACCACGUUCCUCACGGGGACCACCAAUGCCACCUUCAAGUCCGACGACACGGUGGUCAAGACGGGCGAGGAUUUCAUGCCCGCGAAUCAGACGGUGUUCGAUAAUUUCAUCAAUGUGACUGAUGUCGAGAACCCGGCGACUGAUUCGGCUGAAACCGUGGUUGCGAAUGAGUGCGAGGGGAGCGUUGGUCAACCGAUCGAUUGCAGGGACCCGGAAGUUUUCCACCUAAUGAUGAAGGCCACGAUAGAGCAGUUUAAGGAUAUACACUUUUACAGGUUUGGGAAGCCUGUUCCGGGAUCCAACGAGAGCACCUGCGAUAUGGCAUGGCGGUUUAGGCCUAAGGAAGGGAAGGCGGCUGCAUUUUAUAAGGAUUACAGGAGGUUUGUGAUUUCUAGGUCGGAGAAUUGUACCCUUAGUGUUGUGAGCAUUGGGGAUUACCAUACGGGUGUCAAUGCUAGGAAGAGGAAGAAGAAUCAGAAGCCUGGGUUUGAGAAGCCACCGGGAAAGAAAGAGGAGCAGACUGCGUCAUUGCCCAUUGUUGGGGAAAUGGUGAAUGAUGCACUUCCGGUGGUUGAGUCCGAGGGCUCGUUCAGUCACGGGAAGUACUUGAUCUACAUGGGUGGUGGAGAUAGAUGCAAGAGCAUGAAUCAUUAUCUCUGGAGCUUCUUGUGUGCCAUGGGCGAGGCCCAGUACUUGAACAGGACUUUGGUCAUGGAUUUGAGUAUUUGCUUGUCUAAAAUUUACACGUCUUCGAAUCAAGACGAAGAAGGAAAAGAUUUUAGGUUCUACUUUGACUUUGAGCACUUGAAGGAGUCUGCAUCAGUGUUGGACCAGGAUCAGUUCUGGGCGGAUUGGGGCAAAUGGCACAAAAACAAAUUGAACCUUCACCUUGUGGAGGACUUCAGGGUCACUCCUAUGAAGCUAGCAGACGUGAAAGAUGCCUUGAUAAUGAGAAAGUUUGGGUCGGUGGAACCCGAUAACUACUGGUAUAGGGUGUGCGAAGGCGAGACUGAAUCUGUCAUUAAACGUCCAUGGCAUCUAUUGUGGAAAUCGAGACGCCUGAUGGAUAUUGUGUCAUCAAUUGCGGCAAAGUUGAAUUGGGAUUAUGACUCAGCUCAUAUUGAGAGAGGGGAGAAGGCAAUGAACAAAGACCUGUGGCCGAAUCUUGCAGCUGAUACCUCUCCUGAUGCACUUAUCUCAACAUUGAAGGACAAAGUUGAAGAUGGGAGGAACCUUUACAUUGCAACUAACGAACCCGACACCUCCUUCUUCGAUCCAUUGAAAGACAAGUACUCGACUCAUUUCCUUGAUGAGUACAAGGAGCUUUGGGAUGAGAACAGCGAGUGGUAUUCUGAGACCACAAAGCUUAAUAAGGGUGUCCCAGUGGAGUUUGAUGGAUACAUGAGGGUUUCAGUCGACACUGAAGUUUUCUUGAGGGGUAAAAAGCAGAUUGAGACCUUCAAUGACCUCACAAACGACUGCAAGGACGGUAUUAAUACUUGCAGUACUUCUGCCAGUUGAUAAUUAUGGCACUAAAAGUUCAAAAGCUUCACGAUCCCUCCAUAUUACUGAUUUGUGGUAUUUUACAUCUGUACUUUUAGCUUUUUGUUGGCGAACCCAUGUAAAACUCACGUUUUCCUCUUUUAGGCUUGGCAUGGGGUUACAUUUUUAUCAGUCUUGUACUAGUAGAAAAGCAUUGUUCUAAUCACAUUCUGUUCUUUUGACUGUUGUUACAUCUCUGGCAAUCGUUUUUGCAACUCAAUCUCCUUAUUCA